AUCUCUUCAAUCUCGGGGAGACAUAUCUUCUUCUGUUAUCUUCUUUUGCCUUUCUUGACCUUUUUCCUUUUUUUUUUUUUUUUUUUUUUUUUUUUUUUAAAUAAUGUCUACCUCUGAGGAAGCCUCUUCUUCUUCUUCUUCUUCAACUUCUCCUCAUAAAAUUCAGUUAGUGUCCAAGUCUGUAUCAGACCGACUUCUGAAUAAAUUCUUGGAUGUUAGUGAAUAUGAUUUUGAUUAUGCACAAAGUGGAUUAUGGUCUCCUCCUGUUAGAAGAAGUGCUUUCUUGAGCUCGCCGGAUCGGAUUUUUACUGAGGAAGAAAUGCUCCGAAAGCUUAGACAUGUAAUGGAUAAUAAACGUCGACGUAGAAGAAUACAUAAAGCUUUCUGUAACGCAGUGUGGUGCUUUUGAAGGGAUACUAUUAUUAUCUCCAUGAAAGAGAUUAGGUAUAAAGGCUUCAUAUUUAUAUUUCAAGUUCUACUACAAUGUUACAAAGAAAGAAGAUGAACUUGCAUUUCCUUUUCUUUCUUUUUUUUUUUCCCAAUUUCUUUUCUCUUUUUUUAGGAUAUGUAAACGCCAUUAAUUGUUUUAAAAAUGAUAUUAUAAUAUAUAGAGAAUGCAUAUAUUUGCAUGAUUUUUUUUAUUUGAUUUUAUUUUUCAUUUUCGAACUUAUAUAUAUGUAUAUUUCAAGUUCUCUGCAUUUGUUGCAAAGCUCUGCAACCAAUUCAUGAUCUUCCUGUCAUUUUCACUUUAACGGGCUAUUCAGUA